AUGAGGCUGACCUUGAGCUUGUGGAAACUAUUUCCCAGUCGGGUUUAUUUAGUGCCAUCUUUUGGAAUACAUGGGAAUAUCAGAACUUUGUCUAGUACUACUAAUGUGAUUACAAACGCUAAUUUGGAUGCUCCCGCUGGAUCAAAACACUUUUUAGGCCUAGGGUUUCAUAAAGAACUCCCAAAGGCUUGUUAUGGCGGCCGCCAUACUGUUGCAAUGCUUCUCGGGGAUGGUGUAGGACCCGAACUUCUAUCAUACGUCAAAGAAGUUUUCCAAGUUAUUGGAGCUCCAAUAGAUUUUGAGGAAGUUGCCGUAAAUCAAGAAUCUGAAGAUGUUACAUUUACUGAUGCUCUACUUGCUAUGAAACGCAAUGGUGUUGGAAUCAAAGGAAAUUUUGCCACAGAACCAGGUCAAUCGUCAAGAAAUGUAGCUCUCCGUUUAAACUUGAAUUUAUAUGCCUUUGUCCAACGAUGUCGAAACUUUCCAGGUGUGGUUACACGUCAUCAAAAUGUCGAUAUCGUUAUAAUACGUGAGAAUACAGAGGGUGAAUAUAGUCGGUUGGAGCACGAAAAUGUUCCUGGAGUGGUAGAAUCUUUGAAGAUUAUAACUAGAGAAAAAUCCACUAGAAUUGCCCAGUUUGCAUUUGAUUAUGCCGUUCGACACAACCGAAAAAAAGUCACAGCAGUACACAAAGCCAAUAUCAUGAAAUUGGGCGAUGGUCUAUUUUUAGAAGUAUGCUCUUCAAUGGCCAAAAAUUAUCCACAGAUUGAAUUCAAUCAUAUGAUUAUUGAUAAUACAUGUAUGCAGUUAGUUAGUAAACCGCAACAAUUCGAUGUGAUUGUUUUACCAAAUUUAUACGGAAAUAUAGUCGGUAAUGUGGCAGCUGGUUUAGUCGGUGGAGCUGGUCUAACAACAGGUAUAAAUUUAGGCCCACAAAAUGCCUUGUUUGAAAUGGGCACACGGAAUUCUGGACGUUCCUUAGCUGGGAAAAAUAUUGCUAAUCCAUGUGGUAUGUUAUUGACAUCAGCAGAUAUGUUAGAAUAUUUAGGUCAUAUCAAAGAAGCUAAACUUAUUCGUGAUUCAGUUGUGAAUGUUGUUGGAGAACAAAAAAUACGUACAGCUGAUUUGGGUGGUAGUUAUAAAACUAGUAAAGUGAUUGAAGCAGUCUUGAAAAGUUUAAGAAGUCAACUUGCAUCGUGA